CUAGAGAGUGAAUUACAAUGUCAGGCCGGGGAAAGCAGGGCGGUAAGGUGCGGGCUAAGGCAAAGUCUCGUUCUUCGCGGGCUGGGCUGCAGUUCCCGGUGGGCCGUGUGCACCGUCUGCUCCGCAAAGGCAAUUACGCUGAGCGGGUGGGGGCCGGAGCCCCGGUCUAUAUGGCCGCGGUGCUGGAGUAUCUGACCGCUGAGAUUCUGGAGCUGGCUGGUAACGCUGCUCGGGAUAACAAGAAAACCAGGAUCAUCCCCCGUCACCUGCAGCUCGCCAUCCGUAACGACGAGGAGCUCAACAAACUGCUUGGGAAAGUCACGAUCGCUCAGGGGGGUGUUUUGCCCAAUAUCCAGGCUGUGCUGUUGCCCAAGAAAACCGAAAGUCAUAAAGCCAAAAGCAAAUGA